AUGGAGGACUCGGAGAUUGACAAUGAUUCCAUUUUUAACAUCAGCGACGAUGACAACUCAGAUUUUAAACCAGAGAAGCCAGCAGUGAAAACCAAGGCCAAAGCUGCGCCCAAGAAGGUUGCUGCGAAGGCUGCCCCCAAAAAGGCACCUGCGAAGCCCAGGGCCAAGCCUGCUGCCAAAAAGAAGGCCAAGGCCGAUACGGAGGACGAGGCCUCGAAUGUCGCAUUGUCCGACGAUGACGCCCACUCCCUUCUCUCCCAGACCCCUCCCAAGGCGAAAAAGGCACCUGCCGCGAAGCGUGCUGGCUCAAAGCCUCUGGCAGACCUCGAAAAUGAGGCGUUUGGCGGAGAUGGCGCGUCAGAUGCCCCCCCAGAGAAGGGAAGCGCAUCCGAGAAGUACCAGAAGCUCACACAACUUGAACACAUCACGAAACGUCCCGAUACAUACAUUGGCUCAGUCGAGCGCACAACUCAGCAGAUGUGGGUUUACAAUUCCGAAACCGAUUCCAUGGAGUUCCGCAACGUCUCAUACGUGCCGGGCCUGUACAAGAUUUUCGAUGAGAUCGUCGUCAACGCCGCAGACAACAAGCAGAACGAUAAGAACAUGAACGAGAUUCGCGUGACAAUCAGUCGCGAGGCUGGUGAGAUCAGCGUCUGGAACAAUGGACGUGGUAUUCCAAUCGAGAUCCACUCUAAAGAAGGGAUCUAUGUUCCUGAGCUCAUCUUCGGCCAUCUCUUGACCUCCUCGAACUACGACGAUGCGCAGGCAAAAGUUACAGGUGGCCGAAAUGGUUUCGGUGCCAAGCUCUGCAAUGUGUUCUCCACCGAGUUCACCCUCGAGACCCAAGACUCGCGCCAGAAAAAGAGGUACAAGCAGACCUGGACGGACAACAUGAGUAAAAUGGGCAAAGCCAAGAUCACAGAAGCCAAGGGCGACGAUUUCACAAAAGUCUCUUUCAAGCCGGAUUUCGUGCGAUUCGGCAUGGACGGCAUUGAUGAUGAUUUUGAGGCCCUCGUGAAGCGCCGAAUCUACGAUCUGGCUGGUACCACGGGUGUCGCCGUCAAGCUCAACGGUACCCGUGUGCCUGUGCGCAAUUUCAGAAAGUACAUGGAACUGUACACCAAGGCUAUUCGCAGAGAGCGUGGCGAGGAAGGCCCUGCUCCCAAGGACGAGAUCAUCACCUGCAGCCCCGAUCCUCGUUGGGAGAUUGGAUUCACAGUCUCGGAUGGCGCUUUCCAGCAGGUCUCAUUCGUCAACUCCAUCGCUACCACAUCUGGAGGUACACAUGUCAACUAUAUUGCGGAUCAGAUUUGCAAUCGUCUGGCAGAGCAAGUGAAGAAGAAGAACAAGACCGGUGCCACGUUGAAGCCAGCGCAAAUCCGAAAUCACAUUUUCAUCUUUGUCAAUGCGCUUAUCGUCAACCCGGCCUUCAACUCUCAAACCAAGGAACAAUUGACCACAAAAGCCAGUCAGUUUGGCAGCAAGUGCGUCCUUGAGGAAGAUUUCUACAAGAAGAUUCUCAAGACCGAUGUGAUGAACAACAUCCUCCAUUUCGCAGCCCAGAAAGCAGAUCAAAUUUUGAAAAAGGGGGACGUCGGUCGUCGUACGCGCAUGAACAACCCCAAAUUGGUCGAAGCUAACAAGGCCGGUACUCGCGAGGGUCAUCACUGCACAUUGAUUCUCACUGAGGGUGACUCCGCCAAGGGCCUGGCAAUGGCUGGACGGGCUGUUGUUGGUCCCGAUCUUUUCGGCGUCUUCCCCCUUCGUGGAAAGCUGCUCAACGUUCGCGACGCAACCUUCGACCAAAUCUCCAAGAAUCAAGAAAUCCAGAACAUCAAGAACUUCAUCGGUCUGCAGCACAAGAAGGAAUACACCGACACCAAAGGACUACGAUACGGUCAUCUGAUGAUCAUGACGGAUCAGGAUCAUGAUGGAAGCCAUAUUAAGGGUCUGCUGAUCAACUUCCUUCAGGCGCAAUUCCCAAGUCUGCUGAAGAUUCCCGAGUUCCUCAUCGAGUUCAUCACUCCUAUCAUCAAAGUUUGGAAGGGUGAUCCUAAGAACCCCACCAAGUCGCGAUCCUUCUUCACUAUGCCCGAAUACCAUGCCUGGGAAGAGGAUCACAAGAAUGAGCGUGGAUGGGAACACAAGUACUACAAGGGUUUGGGUACCAGCUCUACCGAAGAUGCCCAAAUCUACUUCCGCGACUUAGACCGACAUCUCAAGGAGUUCCAUACAAUGCAGGACGGUGAAGACGCCCUCAUUGAGCUUGCUUUUUCAAAGAAAAAGGCCGACGAGCGUAAGGAGUGGCUGCGUCAGUUCAAGCCUGGCACUUACCUUGAUCACUCCACUGACAAGAUCUCCUAUACGGACUUCAUCAACAAGGAGUUGAUUCUGUUCAGUAUGGCUGACAACCAGCGGUCCAUACCCUCGGUGGUCGAUGGCUUGAAGCCGGGACAACGUAAAGUUCUUUACACCUGCUUCCGCCGUAAUCUGAAGAAGGACAUGAAGGUUGUUGAAUUAGCAGGUCUCGUCUCAGGAUUGACGGCUUAUCAACACGGCGAAGCCUCGCUGCAGCAGACCAUUGUUGGUCUGGCUCAGACAUUUGUCGGGUCAAACAACCUCAACACACUCGAGCCCAGUGGAAAUUUCGGUAGUCGACUGCAAGGCGGUGGUGACUGUGCGUCAGCUCGUUACAUUUACACACGCUUAUCGCCCUUUGCUCGAAAGGUCUUCCAUCAGGCCGAUGAGCCUCUACUAACAUACAAUGAGGAUGACGGUAAGAAGAUUGAACCGGAGACCUACAUGCCUGUGGUGCCUUUGAUUUUGAUCAAUGGUGCUGACGGUAUCGGUACUGGUUGGAGCUCUUCGAUCCCCAAUUACAAUCCAGAAGACAUUGUUGCUAACAUCUACCGUCUGAUGGACGGUCAAGAAAUCAUACCUAUGCAGCCAUGGUUCCGAGGCUUCACUGGUGAAAUUGAGAACGUUGGUGGAGAUCGCUACAAGUUUAGCGGAAUUAUCAAGGAGACCGGCGAGAAGGAGGUUGAAAUUACUGAAUUGCCGAUCCGUACAUGGACCCAAGACUUCAAAGACAAACUGGAGGACAUCAUCAAGGCCGAGAAAGUGCCCUCCUUCAUCAAGGAUUACAAGGAUUACAACACCCACAGCAAGGUGCACUUUGUGAUUCAGCUCGACGAGAAGAACAUGAAACUUUCCGGCUCUGAGAACUGGGAGGAAAAAUUCAAACUUUCGAAGACAAUUGCGACCACUAACUUGGUGGCAUUCGAUGCGGAGGGGCGUAUCACCAAGUAUGCCACUGUCGAUGACAUUCUGAAAGAAUUCUAUACCAUCCGCCUCAAGUAUUACGAGCGGCGUAAGCAGCAUCAGCUUUCCGAACUGCAGAAAGAGUUGGAAAAGCUGAGCAAUCAGGCUCGUUUUAUCAUGAUGAUCAUCGAGGGCACUCUGGUCAUCUCAAAGAAAAAGAAGUCCGUCCUCGUCCUCGAAUUGAAGGAGAAAGGCUUCAAACCCUUCCCUAAAGUCGCCGAUGCGGUCAAGAUGGGUGAGGAUGAACCUGCGAUGGAGGAUCCUGAGGAGACUGAGGAUCAGGAUGUAGAAGUGCUGUCCAGCUCGUACGACUACCUCCUUGGUAUGCCAAUGUGGUCGCUCACCCAAGAGCGAGUCGAGCGCCUUCGUCGCCAGAUUGGCGAUCGUGAGAUGGACAUCGACACGCUGAUCAAGCUGUCCAAGGAGGACAUUUGGAGAAAGGACCUGGAGGACUUCAUUACCGAAUGGCGCUUCCAACUGGAGGACGAGGCGCGUCGAGUCCGAAAAGUUCAAAACAUGGGUCGACGAGGCUCAUCCAAACUCAUGACUGGUGGCGCUAGAGGCGCCGCAGCGGCGCGCAAGCGGAAGGCUGCCGCCGGUGACGAUCCUGAUGAUGCAGACUUUGCAGCCCCCAAGCCAAAGAAGACCGCUGCAGCCAAGAAGAAGGAGCCGGCGUUCAAUAGUCUUGCCAAAUUCCUUAACAAGACGCCGACGGAGGAGCCGAAGCCCAAGGUCGUGAAGCCUCAGGACACUGAUGAUGACUUUGAUCUCGAAACGGAGGUUCUUCCUAAGAAACAGCGUGGUGCAGCCGCGCAGAAGGCCGAGGGGAGGACCGAAGAUGCUACUCUCGAUCUUGAAGAAGUUCCGUUGAAUGACUCAUCCCAUGCCUCGGGCCGGGGGCAGCUUUCUAGUGAUCCGAUGGAGGUUGACGAAGUCAGAAAAACUGUAGCUGCGAAGCCAGCUCCCAAGGCAGCCGCGAAGCGUGCUCCCAAGGCCAAGGCCAAGGCCGUAAUCGAUGAGGACGAAGACGACGAUGAUGCCUUCCUCGAAAUUGCGAAAGCAACGGCCUCAAAGCCGGCUCCAAAGACUGGCAGAGCCCGUAAACCUGUCAAGUACAUUGCAGAAGAUGAAUCCGACAGCAGCAAUGGCGAUGAUCUUCUGGGCGAUGUCAGUCAGAUGGUCAAAGGGAUCGGUGGCGAUGACGCAAAUGCCCGACCUCUGAUUUCAGAGCGCUCGCGCGCCGGUAGUAGUGCCAGCUUGAUUGCGCCGACUAAGUCUAAAAUGAGCGAGUUUGAUCCUGACGAGACCGACUACAGCAAACUACUUCCACAAAGCUCCCCUCGUCGCGCACUCAAGGUCACAUCCAAGGACAAGGAUGUCUCUAGGAUCGGAGAUGACGAAGACGAGCCAGAAGAGCUCGAGGCCCCGGCGAAGGCUGCUCCGAAAUCCAAGGCGGCCCCCAAGGCGAAGGUGGCCCCAAAGACCGCUGCAGCUGCGGGUCCCAAGGCUCGUGGCCGUCCUCCUAAAAAGGAGCCGGCGAAGGCCGCUGCUUCUCCGGCCGCCAAGGCGUACGCUGCCAAGGUCGCUAAGACCACCAAGAAGAGCGCCCUCAACGACGAUUUCUCUGAAGAUGACAUUGAUGCCAUGGCCAACGAUAUCUUGGAUUCGCCGGCAGGCAAGUUCGAUGGAUCAGACGACGAACCUGUCGCACCUCGACGGGCUGCAGCGAGACCUGCUCGUCGUACUGCUGCCGCGGCGAGGAAAACCUAUGUCAUUGAGGACGACAGUGAUGAAGAGGCGUCGGCUGACGAUUUUGACGAUGAGAGUGACUAG